AUGGAAGCGCUGCUGUACGACAAGUACACGCUCACACUCAGCAAUGCACAGGUGUUGGUGUGUCAGGCGAACUCGGACUGGCGAGAGACCGUCAACACAUCUGAUGCCACAGCACCCGUUGGCAUGGCAACGGGUGCGAGAGAGGACAAGGCCGAGGACGAAGGGGCUGUGGUGAAUGUGGUGGACAAGUUCAGCAUGACGCUGGCGGUGGAGAACCUCAUCACGGAAUUGAAUGAAUACGCGGAUAUGAAGGUCUCCGCCACACUGCCACGGCUGAGCAUGCACGCCACCGACGGCAAGAUUCUCAAUCUACUACAGGCCUUUAAAGGGGCCUUGAAAACACCACGUGCACCUCCACCAGCACCCCGAAGUUCGGCACCAACCGGAGGUGACUCGCAAUUGAGCCAUACAAAAUCAGGACAGUCUGUAAACCAAUCAAAAGCCUCCGAAGAUUUGGGCGCGGAAGUGCCCGAGGACAUUCUAUUGGCCGGGCUUAUUGCCGACGCCAAAUCAGCCAAUAGAAUGGGAGAGAAGGCCAUUGAAGAGCUCGUUAAGAAGGUGCUUAUGAAUGCCCACUUUGAGAUCGGUGCUGUGUGCUUAUCGAUCGGAGACAGCUCAGGAGCAACAGCCUUAGCCACAGUCACAGUCACCGGUGGCACAUUCGACAUUUUCAAACGCACAUACGACACCACCAUGAGCCUCAGAGUGCAGUCGCUGGAAGUGCCAGAUACCAGGCAAUUUGGGGGCGAGAAGUUCCCCUACAUCGUCUCAUCAAGGUAUGCAUA